CAUUAGAAGUAUGCGACAAUAUAGUGAAUUCUGCAAAUGACAGAUUUCAAUUCAAAGAUCAUUUGGUGGCCGCAUCCCUUUUUUUCCCCGAACACUUUCGAGAAUACUGUGGUAAGUUUCCUGAUGAUAAGUUGGAAACUACCUGCUCGGCUUAUCCCGAAUUAGAAAAAAGUUGUUCAACGACAGAGUUGUCUGUUAUUUUUGAUACAAAAUAGUUUGAAAGAAACACUAAAAGAAACAAAAAAGCUAUUAGAAAUUAUUGUUACAACUCC